AUAAAAAUAAAGUCGGUUCAUGUAUCAGCCGCAAGGAAAAAUAUUUUCGAUUGGUCUGAGUAUAGAAGCGCAGCAGCGAUAUUUAGUUGAACCUUGAAGGGUAUAACUAUCGGAACUUGACGAGGCACUCAAAAUGUUCAGCGGAAUUGCAGGGGCGUUCCGAAGCAUCGGGGAGAAGACCGCUUCGCUCUUCGACCGCAAGAAGAAGGAUGCUGAGCAGCUUGCUUCUGAGAAGGCCCAGGAGGCGUCCGGUGUGCUGGAAGACCAGGUGAAGAAGGCUGGGGAGCUGAUCGGAGGGGCACAGAAGGCGGCAGAAGGUGCGGCCGACUCAGCCAACAACGCCAAGCACUCAGCUAUCGAUGCCCUGGACAAGGAGCUGUCGAAGGUGUCCCUGGCUGCCGGGGAAGCAAAGGACGCUGCCAGCCGCGCGGUGGCUGACGGGAAGAAGGUCGUCGACACUACUAAAGACACACUGGCUACUACGGCAGACAACACAAGGAAAGCGGCAGAAUCUGCGGCCAACUCAGCAAGAGAAUCAGUAUCGAAUGCUGUGCACAACACUAUAGACACAACGCAAGAAACAGCGCAAUCUGCGCUUGAUACUGGGAAAUCGUAUGCCACUUCAGCGAAAGAAUCAGUAUCGAAUGCUGUGCACAACACUAUAGACACAACGCAAGAAACAGCGCAGUCUGCGCUUGAUACUGGGAAAUCGUAUGCUACUUCAGCGAAAGAUAAAUUAUUUGGAACAAAAGAACCCCCGAAACCGGAACCACCGUCUGGUUUGAUGUCAUACGCUACCAGUGCUCAAGAAUCAGUAUCGGAUGCUGUGCACAGCACUAUAGACACAACGCAAGAGACAGCGCAGUCUGCGCUUGAUACUGGGAAAUCGUAUGCCACUACAGCGAAAGAUAAUUUAUUUGGAACAAAAGAACCCCCAAAACCGGAACCACCAUCUGGUUUGAUGUCAUACGCUACUAGUGCUCAAGAAUCAGUAUCGAAUGCUGUGCACAGCACUAUAGACACAACGCAAGAAACAGCGCAGUCUGCGCUUGAUACUGGGAAAUCGUAUGCUACUUCAGCGAAAGAUAAAUUAUUUGGAACAAAAGAACCCCCGAAACCGGAACCACCGUCUGGUUUGAUGUCAUACGCUACCAGUGCUCAAGAAUCAGUAUCGAAUGCUGUGCACAGCACUAUAGACACAACGCAAGAAACAGCGCAAUCUGCGCUUGAUACUGGGAAAUCGUAUGCUACUACAGCGAAAGAAUCAGUAUCGAAUGCUGUGCACAGCACUAUAGACACAACGCAAGAAACAGCGCAGUCUGCGCUUGAUACUGGGAAAUCGUAUGCCACUACAGCGAAAGAAUCAGUAUCGAAUGCUGUGCACAGCACUAUAGACACAACGCAAGAAACAGCGCAGUCUGCGCUUGAUACUGGGAAAUCGUAUGCUACUUCAGCGAAAGAUAAAUUAUUUGGAACAAAAGAACCCCCGAAACCGGAACCACCGUCUGGUUUGAUGUCAUACGCUACCAGUGCUCAAGAAUCAGUAUCGGAUGCUGUGCACAGCACUAUAGACACAACGCAAGAAACAGCGCAAUCUGCGCUUGAUACUGGGAAAUCGUAUGCUACUACAGCGAAAGAAUCAGUAUCGAAUGCUGUGCACAGCACUAUAGACACAACGCAAGAAACAGCGCAGUCUGCGCUUGAUACUGGGAAAUCGUAUGCCACUACAGCGAAAGAAUCAGUAUCGGAUGCUGUGCACAGCACUAUAGACACAACGCAAGAAACAGCGCAGUCUGCGCUUGAUACUGGGAAAUCGUAUGCCACUACAGCGAAAGAUAAAUUAUUUGGAACCAAAGAACCUCCAAAACCGGAACCACCGUCUGGUUUGAUGGCAUACGCUACCAGUGCUCAAGAAUCAGUGUCGGAUGCUGUGCACAGCACUAUAGACACAACGCAAGAAAAAGCGCAGUCUGCGCUUGAUACUGGGAAAUCGUAUGCCACUUCAGCGAAAGAUAAAUUAUUUGGAACAAAAGAACCUCCAAAACCGGAACCACCGUCUGGUUUGAUGUCAUACGCUACCAGUGCUCAAGAAUCAGUAUCGGAUGCUGUGCACAGCACUAUAGACACAACGCAAGAAACAGCGCAGUCUGCGCUUGAUACUGGGAAAUCGUAUGCUACUUCAGCGAAAGAUAAAUUAUUUGGAACAAAAGAACCCCCGAAACCGGAACCACCGUCUGGUUUGAUGUCAUACGCUACCAGUGCUCAAGAAUCAGUAUCGGAUGCUGUGCACAGCACUAUAGACACAACGCAAGAAACAGCGCAGUCUGCGCUUGAUACUGGGAAAUCGUAUGCUACUUCAGCGAAAGAUAAAUUAUUUGGCACAACGGAUAGCUCAAAAUCGGAACCCGAGUCGGCUGAUGCUGGUUUGAUGUCAUAUGCUGCCAGUGUUAAAGAUAAGUUAUUUGGUAAAGCGGAUUGCUUAAAAUUGGAACCACAGACCGCUGAUGCUGGUAUGAUAUCAUCCGCUGCCAGUGCUGAAGAUUCAGUAUCAAAUGCUGUACAAAGCACUUUAGAUACAACCCAAAAAACAGCACAAUCCGCGUUAGACACUGGAAAAUCGUACGCUACUUCAGCGAAAGAUACAGUGGCGGAUACAAUUAAGGGAACAGUAGAUGGUACUCAAAAAGUUGCACAAACGUCAGUUGACACUGGUCUGGGUUAUGCAAACACGGUUUCAGAUGUAGCACAAAGCUCGAUACAAAUGGCAAUGAACUCAGCCUACAGUGCUUUUGGAAUCACGCAGUCCUAUUACGAUAGCGCAAAAGACUCUAUAGCAAGCACAAUUGAUAACACAAAGCAAGCUGCACAAAAUACAAUUGAAACAGGCAAAUCUUACGCUGAUUCUGCUAAAGAUACUGUAUCGAGCACAUUGCAAAGCACAUUAGACACAUCAAAAAAUUUUGCACAAAGCACAGUUGAUACUGGUAAAAGUUACGUUGAUGCAGCAAAAGACACCGUCACUCACACUGUUCAAAGCACAGUCGAUACCACAAAGAACGUAGCUGCAACUGCUUUUGAUAAAGGCACAUCCCUUGUAGGUGCUGCCAAAGACACAGUAACUGGUACAGUACACUCUGCAGUCGAUGCUUCAAAGAAUGUUGCUUCGUCCGUCUAUGAAAAAGGCGCGAAUUUAGUUGGCACAGCUAAAGGAACUGUUGAAAGUGCAGUAGAUUCUACUAAAUCUGCUUCACAAGAGACUGUUGAUACAGGAAAGAGUUACAUUGACACAGCAAAAGACACAUUAUCAAGCACCGUACAUUCAGCAGUAGAUGUGACUAAGAAUGUUGCGUCAUCCGCAGUGGAGAAGGGCACAAAUUUAAUUGGCACUGCUAAAGACACCGUCGCUCAUACCAUUCAAAGCACAGUAGAUACCACGAAGAACGUAGCUGCGACUGCUUACGAUAAAGGCACAUCUAUUGUAGAAGCCGCUAAAGAUACAGUCUCAAAUACAGUGCACAGCACAGUAGAUACAACUAAAAAUGCAGCAGCUUCAGUAGUUGAUAAAGGCACUUCCCUUGUCGGUGCAGCUAAAGACACUGUAGCACAUACAGUGGACAGCACAAAGAACGCUGCGUCCUCUGCCGUAGAUUCAGGUCUAUCUUUUGUUGGAGGAGUCAAAAAUACCGUAGCGAGCACAGUUCACAAUACGGUUGAUACUUCUAAAAAUGUGGCGUCAAACGCUUAUGAAAAGAGUACUUCGGUGGUUGGCGCUGCUAAAGAUACACUUGUCAGUAGCGUACAGUCCACUGUAGAUACCACUAAGAACGCAGCUUCCUCGGUUGUAGAUACAGGCUCUUCUAUUGUGGGAUCCGUUAAAGACACUGUAGCAAGCACUGUAGAUACAACAAAGAACGCUGCUGCUUCAGCAGUUGAGAAAAGUACAUCACUUUUGGGAUCAGCGAAAGAUACUGUAGCAAACACUGUACAUAGCACAGUAGAUGCAACUAAAAAUGUAGCGUCAUCCGCUUACGAGAAAAGCUCAGCUGCCGUAGGAUCAGCCAAAGAUACAUUAGCAAGUACAGUGCAAGCCACAGUUGAUACAACUAAGAAUAUUGCAGCAACAGCUGUAGAUAAAGGAAGCUCUUUAGUAGGAACCGCCAAAGAUACUGUCUCAAGCACUUUCUUUAACACCCCUGAGGCAGCCGAAGAAGAAUCUGAGAGCGUUAUCGACACUGCUAAAGAUAAGGUUCAGAAUACAUUCGUAUCCACUAAGGACACAGCCCAGAAGACUGCUGAAGAAUCAGCCGAUACUAUCAACUCGACGGUAGACUCCACAAAGAAGGCUGCGGAAGAUGCGCGUGCGCAGGCUCUGAAGGCCGCCGAGGACGCCAAGGAGAAGGCAAGGCAGACCGCCGAGGCCGCCAGAAAUGAAGCUAAGAGAGUUGCUAACUCAGCCGUAGAAGAGUCCAAGAAAGCGGCCGAGAAAGCGGCGUCAGACGCCUCCAAUGCCGUCCACAGCACCGUUGACAACACCCUGAAGAGAGUGGAGCACGCUGCCGACGAGGGCCUGAAAAACGCCGGCAAUGUCGUCGAUGGGAAGAUCAAGGAGGCCGACAAAUACUUGAACGAGAAGAGAGAGAAUUUGGUGUCAGGCCUGUCAUCAGCAGCUCAUGAUGGUAAAGAGGGCGCUGCUGGUCUACUGGGCAAAGGCCUCGGGGCUUUCUCCAAGUAGACCUUCACAAACAUGAGGCAUCCCAUGUGACGGGAGCGCGGAAUGGAGAAGAUUUUACUAUUUAUUUAUUUAAUUCCAUAUUAUCUUUUCAAUGUUUGCAUUUUGAGCCAUAAAGCUUGUUACGCUAUUGCAAAUCAUGCUUUUAUUUAAUAAAUGGAAUAAACGUUAAAACUACAGAUAUUUGAAUUAGUUUAUUGGCCUAUUAUUCAGAGCUCAAUAAUAGAACCCACUCAUAAUGAUUUUUAAUGGAAUUAUAUAAAUAAACAAAAUACAAAUACUAUAAAAAGAUGUCUACUUAUAAAUAAUUGUUUAUAUAAGCAUUUUAUUUCUUGUAUUUAAAUUGUGAAUUUCAAUGCAACUUUUUCUGCUUUUUUGAUCCUUCAUAAAAUUUAUUCAUAACUUGUUUUUAGUAAGUAAGUUAUUCAGUUAGUUAAAUAUAGGCUUUCAUCGGCAAGUUUAAAAUGGAGUAAGUUAGAGUACACUGUCAUACUGUUAUUUUUUUAUUGUAUGACUAAAUAAAAACGUUUUGUAAUAUUCUUGAAAAAUAAAAAAUUAAAGGACAGUCAAAUAACAUACCCUUUAAAUAAUGAGGCCUAAACAACAUUUUUAAUAGUUUUCAUUAGUUUGAUGAGUAUACAGUUAACAAUAACCAAAUUCUUACUUCUUCAAAUUCAUCGUAACACUUUUACUUUAUUUAACACAUAAAAAAGGAUAGAAGAUAGGAUAAGAAGAUGGAUUAACCUACGUUUUAUGUGGCCCAUUGUAUUUUAAUUUCGUGUCACAAUAUUGUAAUCUCAUGUUUGUUGCGUAGCCAUUCUUGUUUUAAUUGUAUAGUAAGAUAUAAGUUUAGGAUAAGCUAUCGAUGUAUAUUAUAUAGCAUUUUAAAUGCAUUUUGCUAAAGUACAUUUUUCAGCUGAUUACAUCAUGUAAACCGCUUGGCUUUUACCGUCCAUAAAAUGCCUUAUUUUAUCUGACAUUCAAAAAUAAAAUUUAUAUAUACUGUACCUAUUUAUAUUCUUAAUAAUUUGUCACCCAAGCCAAUAAUGUAACGUAUUUACAUUAUAAAUAAAAAGUAUGUACUUCUUUCUUAUAAUUUAAGUACGUUAAUACUUCACUGCUUGGUAGUAUAUUUUUACACAAAGUAUUUUACGAAAGUGACAUACUAAUAGGAUUCCUGAAAUAUUUUUACGCGUUUGCUAUGUAUUGUAAUUAAAUUUACUGUCUAGUCUACAAAAUGCGAAAAAUAACAUUUUAAAUUGUUAUGUUGGCUUUGUGUCAUAUAUCUAUGAGUUUUAAAUGAUAAAUUAAAUUAUUAUUAAGGAUAA